GGAAGGGGACAUUAUCCAUCGGAGCUGCAUGGCAAUCAGACACCUGCGAACGGUUAUGAAACGGAUCUGUCUCUGUGCUGCCUCUCUGUCAAGCCAGGACUGGAGUAAAUAUGAUGAGAAGCUGUUACAGGCCGUCGACGGCAGUGACCCUGAGAAAGUGGCCUCGCUUCUCAACAAAAGGACUCUUCUCACGACAAAGCUCGACACCGAGGGACGAUCAGCGUACCAUCUAGCAGCAAUGAGGGGUCACAUGGACUGUUUGGAGGUCAUCCUGGCACACGGAGUGGAACUCACUGCCCUGGAUGGCUCAGGGUUGAAUGCGUUACAUUUGGCAGCAAAAUUUGGGAACCAUCAGUGUGUGAAGAGGCUUCUUCAGGAAAAAUGCCCAGUUAAUGCUGUUGACAGUUAUGGGAGAAUCGCAUUACACCAUGCAGCUACUAGUGGGAGUUUUUCCUGUGUUCAGACACUAUGCAAUUUCAAGUCUCCUUUAAAUGUCCAUGACGAUGAUGGCUGCACUCCACUGAUUCUGGCUGCACAGAUGAGCAACUACGAGAUGUGCAGGUGCCUGAUUGUAAGAGGAGGAGAUGUCAACAGCAGGGAUAAACAGGGAAGAACAGCUUUGAUGCUGGCCUGUGAAAAUGACAGUGUGGAGACGGUAGAUGUCCUUAUUAGGAGUGGAGCUAAUGUCAGCCUUGUGGAUGCUUUGGGUCAUGAUGCUAGACACUAUAGUAUGGUGACUGGAAAUACAGACAUUCUGCAGCUGCUUCAUGUGGCGUCUCACAGAAGCUUCUGGAACAGCGCAGAGCCAGAAUUAAGAAGGAGGCAACAUCAGGUUUUGGCAAAAGACAAAACUACAAGCCCCCGAAAAAGGCAAGCCCCCUUGCCACCCAGCACCCCUUCUACCCAGAGCCCUUCCCAAUCCUGUGAUUUUCUCUCCACUGGUGAAUCGACGAGUCCAUCUUACUCUUCAACAGAAACACUCACACCAAAGAAUGAUCAGAGACUAAGUGAGGAGGUAGACCUGCUUCAACAGGAACGACAGCACCUACUGCAGACCAUUAGCAACCUGGAGCAGCUGGUGGACAAGUGCCAGCGGGAGAAAGUGCUGAUUGCAAAAGAUUGUGGAAUCCAGAAACUGGAAAAUCAGAUACAGGAGCUCACGAACAAACUAACUGAGAAAGAGAAAGAACAUCAAGAUGUUAUCAAGCAGGUUGAAACCCUACAGGGCAGACUGUCUUUGCAUGAGCAGGGCAAAAUCCAGGAGGACAGUGAGAGUGAACUCAUGGUUGAAGAAGAGAUGGUCGACAGUUUCCCAGGGAUUGAGAAGCUGUUUUCGAAAAAGGCCAUGAACAACUCUAGCGAGGAAUGGCUUCUAUCAUUGCAGGGUCAAGUGGAGUCACUCACUAGUGAAAACCAAGAGCUGCAAGGGAGAUUGCAGGAGUUGGAAUAUUUACAGAAAGGAGCAAAUGAAAGGGAAUCAUCAGGAAGCCUGGAUUUUAUCCCAGUUCUUCUCUAUGAUGCCUUACAAGCAGAGUUUGAGAAGCUGAAGAAACAGUAUGAACAGGCCCAGACUACAAUCAUGGAGGAGGUUAACUCAGCAACCUCUGAAAAGCUAGUCUCACUGGAAGCAUAUGAGCAACUAAAGAUGGAACAUGACCAAGAAGUUCAAAGGCUGCAAGAAGUUCUUGAUGAGCUCAAAGCCAAGACCUGCUCGAAGAUAGAAGACCGACCCAGAGCUGAGAAAUUAGAGGUGCAAGAUAUGGAAGAACAUGAAAGCCAAGGUGUUCAAGGACUCAUUAAAAAAUUGAAGGAUACUCAAGACAAAUAUGAGGCUGCAAUGACUGAGAUUCAACAGCUAGAAGAACAGAUUCAACUAGGAAUUCUUUCCGUGGAAGAAAAGGAAACUAUGAGAAGCACAGAGGCUAUAAUAACAAUCCCUGAACAUGAGAGUGUUAAGAUGGAGCCUCUGCAAAUAGGUAAAACUGCAGUAGAAGAAGAAAAGAAGAUGAAAGCAUUGGAGGAAAAGGUGAAUGAAAUGGAGAAGGUUCUGACUCACAGUAUCCCUUUGGAAGAAUACAAUGAAAUGAGAAUGUCACUAAAUGCCUCACUUGAAGAAAUUUCCAAAGAGAAUUUGUUGCUAACAGAAAAAUACACCAAGGCAGAAGGUGAACUCAAGGAUCUGAGAAGCCAUUUUGGAGAGUCCACUGAAAAUGGAACUGAAGUGUCCAAAGAAGUCAAGCAUCAAUUAGAAGAGCUGGACAAAGCCUACAAUGAAUUGCAGGAAAAAUGCAGAGGUCUUCAAACAGACUAUGAAAAGAAAGUUGAAGAACUCAGGUCAGUACAAUCUUUGUAUAUCCCAAAAGAGGAGCAUGAAGAGAUGAAGAAUGAGUUGAGUAGAUCCCUCAGUGAAGCUAACAAGCAGCUUUCUGAUUUAAAGGUAAGACACAAUGCAGUCCAACAAGAAAUCACAAGGCUACAAAAUGCGGUAGAACAUCAAAGGAUGAGUUCUAUACCUUGGGAUGAGUAUGUGAAAGUGAAGGAAUCACUUGAAAAAUCUCUGCAGGAUACAAAAGGGAUAGUAACCAAUAUGAGGGAUCAGUUGGCCAUGAAAGAAAAAGAGAUUUCCCAGCAACAUGAGGAGCUGGACACAAUGAAAAGACAAACCAUUCAAAAAGAAGAGCAUGAAAAUAUCACUACCUCACUGAAGGCUGAGGUAAAUUCUUUGAUCAUUAAAUUAAACGAUCUGACCAAGAAGCAUGAGAAGACCUGCACUGAGGUGUUCCGGGUACAGAGAGAGGCACUCUUUAUGAAGAGUGAAAAGCAAGCUGCAGAGGAAGAGGUGGCCACAAUGCAGAAACAGCUCAAUGACUUAAAAGCAGAUUCAAUGAAGAUCAUUGAACUGCAUAAACAGAUUGAGGACUCUGCUGGCCUUGUUAAGGAUAAAGAUAGGAAGAUAGCCGAACUAUCCAAAGAGGUAUUCAAACUGAAGGAGGCUUUGAACAGUUUGUCGGAGAAGUCCAACGCUGCAGCACUACCUCCAAAACCAGCCUCUCACUCCCACCCACAAAACACAGAAUCCACACAGAGGCAGAUCAGAUUGUUACAGCAACAGCUAGCAAAAGCAGAGAACGACCAUAGAGCCAUCGUGGCAAUUUACCGAUCACAUCUCCUUUAUGCUGUUCAGGGUCACAUGGAUGAAGAUGUCCAGAAUGUCUUACUUCAGAUCUUAAAAAUGCACAAACAUCACAAGCAGGUCAUGUGACACUUUUUAAGAUGACAACAAUAGUCUUAUAAUGAUGAGGAGUUACUUCUCACAUCCGAUGACAAGGUUUAAAUUGUUUAGUACAUUUUUUUCUUUACUUUUUCAAGACUUGCGAAGAGAGGCAGAGAAACAGGCUCUGUGGGGUUAACACUCAUUUUAUCAAAUGAAUAGUGUGAAGAUUAAGGUCUGAUGGUUGAGGCAGUUGUUGUUACGGAUCUAGACUGUGUGUACUGGUGUGACUCUGAACUAAUAAAGUGGAAAUAAAU